AUCACUUCCUGCAGUGCAUGCAUAACCAUGGAGAGGCUGUGAACAGCCUGAUACCCGAUUUGGUUUCUCUUUCAGCUCUUCACUGACGCAUUCACUUGGACUGAAGAAUUUCCCUUUUAAGGCAAUUCUAUGCUAAAUUCUCAAACUAAUCAGUAAUGUAUCCUUGAAGCUGAUCCUCAUAGCAUCCAAUAUGCUUAAGGGAAAGGUACAAAGGGCAAUUUUCCUUUCACCACAUUUGAAACGGGACUGCUGAAGAGAACUCUAUCUGUGGGCUCACAAAUUCCACUUCUCAUUAAGUUAGAAAAACUGAAGUGAUUUCAUUUACAUUUGUAUUUUAGCCCUAUAAAUCCAAAGCUGUGAACAAAAAAAAGAUUAUUUUGAAUUAUAUCUUGAAAAGACGAAGCCAUGAACUCCACGGCAAGCCCCUUUGAAACGUCGUACAAGAACUAUUCGACAGCGGUUCUGGUCAGGGACACGUACACCAAAGCCUUUAUGAAAAACCUAACUGUGGUGCUCGUCUGGUUCAUCCUCAGCUACAUUAACGUGAGUGUCGUGGUCACCUUCUUCAAAAACCAGGUGUUCUACGAGGACCCGCGCUACAUCCUCUUCAUCCACAUGGUCAUCAACGAUGCCAUUCAGCUGACCGUCACCAUCAUGCUCUUCGUCCUCAGCUACAUCUUCUACUUCAUCAAUGUGUCCUUCUGCUGCUUCUUCAUGCUGGUGGCCAUUUUCACCACCAGGAACUCGCCGCUCAUCCUGGCCUGCAUGGCCAUCGAGCGCUACAUCGCCGUGUGCAACCCGCUGCGGCACGCCCAGAUCUGCACGGCGCAGCGCACCUACGUCCUCAUCGGCCUCACCUGGUUCCUGUGCCUGGUCACGGAGACCAGCGACCUCUUCUUCACCCUGGCCACGGAGUCCAUAGGCUUCUUCUACACCUCCGUCUUCUGCCUCAGGAAGAACGUGUUCAGAGCCCCGACCCUGUCCGAUAAGAUGAAGGCUCUGGACUGCGUGUAUUUUUUGGUGGUGUUCCUCACCCUGGUGUACACCUACCUGCGGGUGCUGUUCGCGGCCCGGGCCCUGUCCUCGGAGCGGAGCUCCGCCCAGAAGGCCAGGAACACCAUCUUCCUGCACGGGAUCCAGCUCCUCAUGUGCGUGCUCUCCUACAUCUACCCCAGCGUAGAGGCCGUCCUCAGCACCCUCUUCCCCGCGCAGCUCCUGGACAUCCGCUACUCCACCUACCUGAUCGUCUACAUCCUCCCUCGCUUCCUCAGCCCCAUCAUCUACGGCGUCAGAGACACCCGGUUCCGUAAAUACCUAAAAAGAUACUUUGUCUGCGGUUUGUAUAAAGUUAAACCAACUAACGAGGAUGAAAUGGGACACUAGCAUUAGCGUGCUGUGGUGUGCUUGACCCUUAAAGCAGUGACAGAUGGUGAGUUUUACCUACGUUUCAUAACAGUCCUGAUAACUGUGAUGAUUGUGUUAUGCUGAUAUGCUCUGCGGUUAAAUAAGGCUCAUGCAUUACUAUCUGGUUUCUUUUCAAUUGAAUGCUUUUGAUUUAAUUGCAUUACUGGGGUGCUAUUUGAAUAAAAGCAUUUGUUAUAGAAAAAAAAAAACAAUCAAGAGGAAAUAUAUUGUGGACUACUGUAUGCUAUAAAUUUUGUUGUUGUUAUUUAGCUUAUCUUCUAUGAAGUGGGCAAGAGAACACAGAAAUGAUACAAUAUUGGACACAAUUCAUUGAAAAGUAAUAUGUUGGGUGAUCCUUACCAGCUUCUAUAGUGGCUACUGUAAAAAUCUCCAGGACAACGUUCAUUUUGAAUGUAAACUCUCUCCCCCAUUUGUCUGUUGAUAGGCAGUUACUGCCUUAAACAACUUCAUGAAAAACAGCAAUAUUUGCAAAAUAGGCCUACUGUAUGAAAUGGAGGAUCUUGACUGAUUUCCUUAUUUCAUUUUCUGAAAAUACAUGUGCUAUUCUGAAUGAUUUCAAAAUUCUGCAGUUUUUUCACAUGUUUAUC